UGCGUUUCACUCAGCUCCAGGUCGGUUUUUCCCGGCGAUUCUAGCGUGAUUUCCAAACUCUUGGACUGUGGGCUUGACUGAGAAGUUCUCCCCGCCUCUCGCUUGUUCCCUUCGGGCCCCAGGAAGUAGAGAGCGCCCCAACUGUAGCUUAAGACGUGCACCCGGGACUGCAGACUGCGCAAACUGCGGGGAAUAGCCAGCGGCGAUGAAGCCUUCUUGGCUGCAAUGUCGUAAAGUCACCGGCGCUGGAGGACUCGGGGGGUCCCUGCCGGGCUCCAGUCCGGCCCGCGGAGCCGGCCCGGCCCGCCGGGCUUACAUGGCCCCGAUCCCGCGGGGCGCUCUCGGGGGCCGGGGCUGCCGGGCGCUGUCCUCUGCCGGGGGCGGCGAGUACAAGACCCACUUCGCGGCUUCAGUGGCAGACCCCGAGUGGUUUUGGGGCCAAGCCGCGGAGCAGAUCAGCUGGUACAAGCCGUGGACCAAAACGCUAGAGAACAGACACCCACCCUCCACCAGCUGGUUUGUAGAAGGAAUGCUCAACAUUUGUUACAAUGCCGUUGAUCGGCAUAUUGAAAAUGGGAAAGGAGAUAAAAUUGCUAUCAUCUACGACAGUCCUGUUACAAAUACUAAAGCAGCUAUUACCUACAAAGAAGUCCUAGAGCAGGUGUCUAAACUAGCUGGUGUGUUGGUGAAGCAUGGUGUCAACAAAGGUGACACUGUGGUCAUCUACAUGCCCAUGAUUCCACAGGCCAUGUAUACCAUGCUGGCGUGUGCGAGGAUUGGAGCCAUCCACAGUCUCAUAUUUGGGGGAUUUGCCUCCAAAGAACUAAGUAGUCGCAUUGAUCAUGCAAAGCCCAAGAUGGUUGUUACAGCAUCAUUUGGCAUUGAACCUGGAAGGAGAGUAGAAUACAUCCCACUUCUAGAAGAGGCCCUGAGAAUAGGAAAACACAAACCAAACCAAGUUCUCAUUUAUAAUCGUCCAAAUAUGGAUACAGUUCCUUUGGCUCCAGGUCGUGACCUUGACUGGGAUGAAGAGAUGGCAAAAGCACAGUCUCAUGACUGCGUUCCUGUUCUUUCAGAACACCCACUGUAUAUUCUUUACACUUCUGGAACAACAGGGUUACCAAAGGGUGUGGUUAGGCCCACUGGGGGUUACGCUGUGAUGCUGAACUGGACAAUGUCUUCUGUGUAUGGACUUAAACCUGGAGAGGUGUGGUGGGCAGCUUCUGACUUAGGCUGGGUCGUUGGGCAUUCCUAUAUCUGUUACGGGCCUCUUCUGCAUGGGAACACAACAGUUUUAUAUGAGGGGAAGCCUGUGGGAACACCAGAUGCUAGUGCUUAUUUCCGUGUGCUGGCGGAGCAUGGAGUCGCUGCCUUGUUUACAGCGCCAACUGCAAUUAGAGCAAUCCGUCAACAGGACCCUGGGGCUGCUCUGGGGAAGCAGUACUCUCUGACAAGGUUCAAGACAUUAUUUGUGGCUGGAGAACGAUGUGAUGUGGAGACACUUGAAUGGUCCAAAAAGGUUUUCAGAGUUCCAGUGCUGGACCAUUGGUGGCAAACAGAGACUGGAUCUCCAAUUACAGCAUCAUGCAUUGGAUUAGGUAAUUCUAAGACACCACCUCCAGGCCAAGCAGGGAAGAGUGUUCCAGGUUACAAUGUUAUGAUUUUGGAUGACAACAUGCAAAAACUGAAGGCACGGUGUUUAGGAAAUAUUGUUGUCAAGUUGCCAUUACCACCUGGGGCUUUUUCAGGACUCUGGAAGAAUCAAGAAGCAUUCAAGCACUUAUAUUUCGAAAAAUUUCCUGGCUACUAUGACACCAUGGAUGCUGGUUAUAUGGAUGAAGAAGGAUAUUUGUAUGUUAUGUCUCGAGUUGAUGAUGUGAUAAAUGUUGCAGGUCACAGAAUUUCUGCUGGCGCCAUUGAAGAGUCAGUCCUUUCACAUGGCACUGUGGUCGACUGUGCAGUUGUGGGCAAAGAAGAUUCUUUGAAAGGUCAUGUCCCCUUAGCACUCUGUGUGUUGAGAAAAGAUAUAAAUAAAACAGAAGAACAACUUUCAGAAGAAAUUGUGAAACAUGUUAGACAGACCAUUGGUCCUGUGGCUGCUUUUCGGAAAGCAGUGUUUGUUAAGCAAUUACCCAAAACCAGAUCUGGCAAAAUUCCCCGAUCGGCACUGUCUGCUCUUGUCAAUGGCAAACCGUACAAGAUCACACCUACAAUUGAAGAUCCCAGCAUUUUUGGUCACAUAGAGGAAGUGCUGAAGCAGACAUCAUGACUUUAUUUUUAGUCAAUUUUCUAAUUGGAUUCGUUUUUUUUUUUUUAAGUGUUU